AGUAAGGCUGCUCCCGAUUGGCUAAGGCGCCCCGGCGAGGCGGAGAAAGCCGCGUCCGCAUUGGCUCAGCCAGCGCCGGUUGAUGGCCUGGAAGGAUUUGAUUGAAAAACCAACGGUGCCGCUGGCCGCUGCGCCCCUAAGGUAGAGCGGACCGGGAGUGGGCUGAGGAGAGGGCGAGGCGGGCCGAGACCGGACGGGAGCCCCGGUGGCGCGGCCGCGAGGAUGAGGAGGACGAUUCGGAGAUUGGUCUGAAGGAGGGAACGCCCCUCCGGCGCGGAAUGCGAUGUUAAUUCUGGGGUGCUGAUGUUCUACAAUGCCUGAUCAAGACAGAAAGGUGAAGACCACAGACAAAUCAGCUGAUAAACAACAGCAAGGGACCACCACCAGGGACUAUUCAGAUCUUAAAAGACUUGUGUGCCUUUUGAACGUUCAGUCGAGCAAACAACAGCUUCCAGCCAUUAAUUUCGAUAGUGCCCAAAAUAGCAUGACAAGGUCUGAGCCCACCAUCAAGGUGGGUGGACACAGAGCCCGAGGCCAGUGGCACGAGUCCACAGAAGCUGUUGAACUUGAAAAUUUUAGUAUAAACUACAAGAAUGAGAGAAAUUUCAGCAAACAUCCCCAGCACAAACUAUUUCAGGAAAUCUUCACAGCAUUGGUGAAAAAUAGACUCAUUUGCAGAGAGUGGGUUAACCGAGCCCCGUCAAUUCAUUUUUUGAGAGUGUUAAUCUGUCUGAGGCUACUAAUGAGGGAUCCAUGUUAUCAGGAAAUCCUGCACAGCUUGGGCGGCACGGAGAACCUAGCUCAGUACAUGGAGAUCGCGGCCAACCAGUACCUGGGCUAUGGAGAGGAGCAGCACAGCGUGGAUAAGCUGGUCAACAUGACGUAUAUUUUUCAAAAACUUGCUGCUGUCAGAGACCAAAGGGAAUGGGUCACCACCAGCGGAGCCCACAAGACUUUAGUAAAUCUACUUGGUGCCAGAGACACAAAUGUUCUCCUGGGUGCCCUUCUAGCUCUGGCGAGCUUAGCAGAAAGUCCAGAAUGUAGGGAGAAGAUAAGUGAACUCAACAUUGUGGAAAAUCUGUUGAUGAUUCUACAUGAAUAUGACCUGCUUUCUAAAAGGCUGACGGCGGAGCUGCUGCGCCUGCUUUGUGCCGAGCCCCAGGUGAAGGAGCAGGUGAAGCUCUACGAGGGCGUACCCGUCCUCCUGAGUCUGCUCCACUCCGACCACCUGAAGCUGCUCUGGAGUGUCGUCUGGAUCCUGGUGCAGCUUUGUGAGGACCCCGAGACCAGUGUGGAGAUCCGCGUUUGGGGAGGCAUCAAGCAGCUGCUUCACCUUUUACGAGGAGACAGAAAUUUUGUUUCUGAUCGCUCCUCCCUUGGAAGCUUGUCUAGCGCAAAUGCUGCAGGCCGGAUCCAGCAGCUUCAUUUGUCAGAAGAUUUGAGCCCUCGAGAAAUACAAGAAAAUACCUUCUCUCUUCAAGCAGCCUGUUGUGCCGCCCUCACGGAACUGGUGCUCAAUGACACCAAUGCCCACCAGGUGGUCCAGGAAAAUGGUGUAUAUACAAUUGCAACAUUAAUUUUACCAAACAAACAAAAGAAUGGAGCAAAAACUAAUCUAUUACAGUGUUAUGCUUUCCGAGCAUUGAGAUUUCUCUUUAGUAUGGAAAGAAACAGGCCACUCUUCAAAAGACUUUUCCCCACCGACUUGUUUGAGAUCUUCAUUGACAUAGGGCAUUAUGUUCGUGACAUCAAUGCUUAUGGAGAAUUGGUAUCCAAGUUGAAUUCAUUAGUGGAGGACGAACUGAAGCAAAUUGCUGAAAAUAUUGAAAGCAUUAAUCAGAAUAAAGCUCCUUCGAAAUACAUAGGCAACUAUGCGAUUUUGGAUCAUCUUGGAAGUGGAGCUUUUGGCUGUGUUUACAAGGUCAGAAAACGCAGUGGUCAAAAUCUCUUAGCAAUGAAAGAGAUCAAUUUACAUAACCCAGCAUUUGGAAAGGAUAAAAAAGAUCGUGACAGCAGUGUAAAAAAUAUUGUUUCUGAAUUAACAAUAAUUAAGGAACAGCUGUAUCAUCCCAAUGUUGUUCGUUAUUAUAAAACAUUUCUGGAAAAUGAUAGGCUGUAUAUAGUUAUGGAACUUAUAGAAGGAGUCCCACUUGGAGAGCAUUUCAGUUCUUUGAAGGAAAAACAACACCAUUUUACUGAAGAAAGACUAUGGAAAAUAUUUAUACAGCUCUGCUUAGCUCUUCGGUACUUACACAAGGAGAAGAGGAUUGUCCACAGAGAUCUGACACCAAACAACAUUAUGUUGGGAGAUAAGGACAAAGUGACAGUUACUGACUUUGGCCUGGCAAAGCAAAAGCAAGAAAACAGUAAACUCACAUCGGUUGUUGGAACGAUCCUGUAUUCUUGGCAGAGUGAACAGUGAGAGAGAGAGACAGAGAGAAAGGUCUUCCUUUGCCGUUGGUUCACCCUCCAAUGGCCGCCGCGCCCGAGUUGGGGAGACAAGUCUUGACCAAAUCACAGCAAUCCCUUUUCUAAUCUGGAACAAGCAAUUUCCACUCAGCUCCUUCCCCCAGAGCCUAUUUUCCUAUAUUAAAGCUUUUCAUCUAUUGUGAAGUGUUGUCCAGAAGUGGGACUCAUGGUGGAAGGAGGAUGGAUGUGUAAUUACUGGGGAGAAGAUUAUUUGCUGGAAUUUUCUUAGACCAGUGAGAAAAUAGGUCUGGAGUGUUUCUCUCUCUCUCUCUCUCUCUCUCUGUCUCUCUCUCUCUCUCUCUCUCUCUCUCGAUUUGUUUAUUUGAAAAUCAGAGUUACAGAGUGAAAGGGACCGAGAGAGAGAGAGAGAGAGAUCUUCCAUCUUCUAUCCACUGAUUCACUCCCUAGGUGAUUGCAAUGGCCGGUGUUGGGCCAGGCCAAAGACAGGAUCCAGGAGCUUUGUCUGGGUCUCCCGUGUAGGUGGCAGGGGCCCAUGCACUUGGGCCAUCUUUCAGUACUUUCCCGGACCAUUAGCAGGGAGCUGGAUGGGAAGUGGAGCAGCCAAGGCAUGAACUGGCACCCAUAUGGGAAGCCAGUAUGUGGGUGUCAGCUUUGCCUGCUAUGCCACAACACUGCCCCUAGAGCAUUUCUCUUUAAUGGGAGAUGGCAGGAAGCCCUGAAAAGAAAUGUGGAGUCUUAGCAGUGGGACGACAUGUUAAUUCCAAGUCCACAGAAGUCACCAUUUUCAAGUCACUAUGAGGAAAUGAAGAAUGCAAUGUACGAAGUACUUUUUUGCCUUAACAACCAAGAUCACAUAGCUAGUAAACGGGGCAGCAGAGGUUUAAACUUGGGUUUGUCUAACAACAUACAAAAAAAAAAAACCAAAGAACUGAAAAUUCUUUUUAUAGCAAAAUAAUUAUUAACAUAUGGAAAAUCUAGUGCCUGGGAAUAUUCAUUAGUGAUUAAUUUCUGAUUUUCUCAUAGAAAUUUCUCAUCUCUUUUUUACAAUUAGGCCUUUGUAUUCUUUUUUUAUUUAUUUGACAGAUAGAGUUAGAGAGUGGAGAGAGAGAGAGACAGAGAGAAAGAUCUUCCUUCCGUUGAUUCACUCCCCAAAUGGCCCCAUGGCUGAAAUCGGGAGCCAGGUGCCUCCUCCUGGUCUCCCAUGUGGGUGCAGGGCCCAAGCACUUGGGCCAUCCUCCACUGCCUUCUAAGGCCACAGCAGAGAGCUGGACUGGAAGAGGAGCAACCAGGACCAGAACUUGGUGCCCAUAUGGGAUGCCAGCACUGCAGGCGGAGGGUUAACCAAAUGAGCCACACCACUGGCCCAGGACUUUAUAUUCUUGGUGUGGGCAUUUGGCCUUGCAUUUAAAAACACCACUGGGGAUGUCCAAAUCCCACAAAUCACAUCCCACAGUUUGAGUCCUUCUUGUGAUUCCAGCUUCCUGCUUAUGAGCACACUGAGAUAGCAGGUGAUGGGUUCAGGUGGUUGGGUUCUUGCCAACUGAUGUAGGAGUCUUAGAUUAAGUGAAUCAAUGGAUGGAAGUGCCUCCCCACUCCCACACACUUUAACUCUCAAAAGAAUAAAGAAGUGGUUCUUUUUGAUCAUGAAGAUAGCAAUAGCUAGGUAGAAGUCACUUUGUCCUUUUGCAAUACUUUAGAUAUUAGGGCUGGUUUGGACCUAUUGGAAAUGAGGAUAAAAUAAGUGGGUGAUAGGAUAUAAACUUUGAAGGGAUAAUCAAAAUUUCUCACUGAGAUACACACACACACACACACACACACACCCCACACAUGUUACGUAGGAGAGGAACUAGUUUGAAAUUUUAGAGUUCUAUGCUUGAUAGAUUAAUUGGUGAAACAGUUGAUGAGAACACACUUGAUAGAAGUGGUUUGCUUUCCUCGUUCAAGUAUUUUUUGUUUCCAUUAUAUAUAUAUAUAUUUUUUUUUUUCCUAAGAACAGUGACUUUAUGAUCUUAAUAUUACAGAUACUCAUUGGCCAGGUAAUGUUCUCUUUUAAGAUUUCUAGCUAAUGAUAGGUGAUUAACAUUGACCCCAAGUGGGAUAUACCUCUGUUCACUUUGAGUUUUAAUUACUCUUUUCAGUGAGCUGAGAUCUAGAAAAAAUGACCCAGAGUAAUGUAACCCACUCCUUCCGUGGCUUCCCAAGUCGUUACGAAGACCUGAGGAACAGCUGUUAGGUUGACUCUUGAUGGGGGUAACUAGUGGUAAUCCCCAGGCAAGGAGCAUUAAGGACUGCCUGGAAACAUGACAGAUUUCACAGUAAUUGCCUCCCUCAGUAGACAGAUUGUCCCCACACUCUUUCUCUUUCAGUUUUUCUUUUUUCUUUGGCACCGUUUGGUUGGGGAAUUAGCAUAUUUUCUCAAAGAAUGGACAUUUGAGACAUUUUUGGGCUGUUUUCUUAACCUUAGAAAUAUGUUUUCUAUAGUUGAGGGAAUUUCCCAUAUUAUGAAAAUCCUCUCCUUAAACUAGUCACCAGAAAAAUGUGUUCUCUUAGCCCCUCUUGCAACUAUAGCACAUCCAUGUUACUUACACCCUUAGACUUACUCUACCCACCUGCCGACCUCAGCAAGACUUGGAUUUGUGGUUGAGAAAGAAGGGAGAGCUUAUAAUAGACAGAGUCCAGUUUGGAGCAGGGGACAAAGGUGGUAGUGGAAGAUGGCAGCACCAGAGUCUUGACUUCCUCUGUCCAGUGUCAGUGGUGCAAGCUGUACCUGGGGCAAUAUCUUUGUGAUUGGAGCCUUGUUUCUCAUGGUAUAGCUGGAAAAUCUAACUCGCAUGUCCUCCCUAAGACUUUGUAGCCCUCACAACCUUUCUUUUUUUAACUUUUAUUUAAUGAAUAUAAAUUUCCAAAGUACAGCUUAUGGAUUACAAUGGCUUUCCCCCUCCAGUGACUUCAUUCCCACCCGCAUCCCUCCCCUUUACCACUCUCGCUCAUCAUUCAUAUCAAGAUUAAUUUUCAAUUCUCUUUAUAUACAGAAGAUCAGUUUAGUAUACAUUAAGUAAAGAUUUCAACAGUUUGCACCCACAUAGAAACAUAAAGUGAAAAAUACUGUUUGAGUACUAGUUAUAGCAUUAAAUCACAAUGUACAGCACAUUAAGGACAAUGAUCCCACGUGAGGAGUGACUCCUGUUGUUGAAUUAACAAAUUGACACUCUUGUUUAUGGCAUCAGUAAUCACCCUAGGCUCUUGUCAUGAGCUGCCAAGGCUAUGGAAGCCCCCUGAGUUCACCGACUCUGAUAAUAUUUAGACAAGGUCAUAGUCAAAGUGGAAGUUCUCUCCUCCCUUCAGAGAAAGGUACCACCUUCUUUGAUGACCUGUUCUUUCCACUGGGAUAUCACUCACAGAGAUCUUUCAUUUAGGUCAUUUUUUUUUUUGCCAGAGUGUCUUGGCUUUCCAUGCCUGAAAUACUCCCAUGGGCUUUUCAGCCAGAUCCAAAUACCCCAAAGUCUAGUUCUGAGGCAAAGUAUUGUUUAGGACAUCUGCCAUUCUAUGAGUCUGCUGUGUAUCUCGCUUCCCAUGUUGGAUCGUUCUCUCCCUUUUUUUAUUCUAUCGGUUAGUAUUAGCGGACACUAGUCUUGUUUAUGUGAUCACUUUGACUCUUAGUCCUUUCAUUAUGAUCAAUUGUGAACUGAAAUUGAUCACUUGGAAUAGUGAGAUGGCAUUGGUACAUGCCACCUUGAUGGAAUUGAAUUGGAAUCCCCUGGUAUGUUUUUAACUCUACUGUUUGGGGAAAGUCAGCUUGAGCAUAUCCCAAAUUGUACAUCUCCUCCCUCUCUUAAUCCCACUCUUAUAUUUAACAGGUAUCACUUUUCAGUUAAAUUUCAACACUUAAGAAUAAAUGUGUAUUAAUUACAGAAUUAAACCAAUAGUAUUAAGUAGAACAGACAAAAAGAAUACUUGGGGGGAUAAAGUAUUAAGUUGUUCAUCAACAGUCAGGGCUAUGCUGAUCAAGUCACCGUUUCUCAUAGUGUCCAUUUCACUUCAACAGGUUUCCUUUUUGGUGUUCAGUCAGUUGUCACCGAUCAGGGAGAACAUAUGAUAUUUGUCCAUUUGGGACUGGCUUAUUUCACUCAGCAUGAUGUGUUCCAGAUUCCUCCAUUUUGUUGCAAAUGACCAGAUUUCAUUGUUUUUACUGCUGUAUAGUAUUCUAAAGAGUACUUAUCACAUAAUUUCUUUAUCCAGUCGACUGUUGCUGGGAAUUUAGGUUGAUUCCAGGUCUUAGCUGUUGUGAAUUGAGCUGCAAUAAACAUUAAGAUGCAGACCGCUUUUGUGUUUGCCAAUUUAAUUUCCUUUGGGUAAAUUCCAAGGAGUGGGAUGGCUGGGUCGAACAGUAGGGUUAUCUUCAGGUUUCUGAGGAAUCUCCAGAUUGACUUCCAUAGUGGCUUCACCAGUUUGCAUCCCCACCAACAGAGGAUUAGUGUGCCUUUUACCCCAUAUCCUCACCAGUAUCUACUGUUAGUUUAUUUCUGUACAUAAGCCAUUCUAACCCGGGUCAGGUGAAACUUCAUUGUGGUUUUGAUUUGCAUUUCCCUGAUGGUUAGUGAUCCUGAACAUUUUUUCAUGUGCCUGUUGGCCAUUUGUAUUUCCUCUUUUGAAAAAUGUCUAUUGAGGUCGUUAGCCCAUCUCUUAAGUGGGUUGUUGGUUUUGUUGUUGUGGAGUUUCUUGAUCUCUUUUUAGAUUUUGGUUAUUAACCCUUUAUCUGUUGCAUAGUUUGCAAAUAUUUUUUCCCAUUCUGUCAGUUGUCUCUUCACUUUCCUGACUGUUUCUUUUGCAGUACAGGAACUUCUCAAUUUGAUGCAAUCCCAAUAGUUGAUUUUGGCUUUGACUGUCUGCACCUCCUGGGUGUUUUCCAGGAAGUCUUUGCCGGUGCCAAUAUCUUCCAGGGUUUCUCCAAUAUUCUCUAAUAACUUGAUGGUGUCAGGUCGUAGAUUUAGGUCUUUAAUCCAUGUUGAGUGGAUUUUUGUGUAAGGUGAAAGGUAGAGGUCUUGCUUCAUGCUUCUGCACGUGAAAAUCCAGUUUUCUGAGCACCAUUUAUUGAAUAGACCGUCCUUGCUCCAGGAAUUGGUUUUAGAUCCUUGAUCAAAUAUAAGUUGGCUAUAGAUGUUUGGGUUGAUUUCUGGUGUUUCAAUUCUGUUCCAUUGGUCUAUCCAUCUGUUUCUGUACCAGUACCAUGCUGUUUUGAUUACAACUGCCCUGUAGUAUGUCCUGAAAUCUGGUAUUGUGAUGCCUCCAUCUUUGUUUUUGUUGUAUGAGAUUGCUUUAGCUAUUCGAGGUCUCCUGAUUAUCCAUAUGAAUUUCAGCACCAUUUUUUCCAGAUCUGAGAAGAAUGUCUUCGGUAUCUUGAUUAGCAUUGCAUUGAAUCUAUAAAUUGCUUUUGGGAGAAUGGACAUUUUGAUGAUAUUGAUUCUUCCAAUCCAUGAGCAUGGAAGAUUUUUCCAUUUCUUGGUAUCCUCUUCUAUUUCUUUCUUUAAGGUUUUGUAAUUUUCAUCGUAGAGAUCUUUAACAUCCUUGGUUAAGUUUAUUCCAAGGUAUUUGAUUUUUUUGUGGCUAUUUUGAAUGGGAUUGAUCCUAGCAGUUCUUCCUCAGCCAUGGCAUUGUCUGUGUAUACAAAGGCUGUUGAUUUUGUGCAUUGAUUUUAUAUCCUGCUACUUUGGCAACCUCCUCUAUGAGUUCCAAUAGUCUCUUAGUAGAAUUCUUUGGAUCCCCUAAGUAAAGAAUCAUAUCGUCUGCAAAGAGGGCUAGUUUGAGUUCUUCCUUCUCAAUUUGUAUCCCUUUAAUUUCUUUUUCUUGCCUGAUAGCUCUGGCUAACGCUUCCAGAACUAUGUUAAAUAGAAGUGGUGAGAGUGGGCAUCCCUGUCUGGUGCCAGAUCUCAGUGGAAAUGCUUCCAACUUUUCCCCAUUCAAUAGGAUGCUGGCCGUGGGUUUUUCAUAAAUUGCUUUGAUUAUAUUGAGGAAUGUUCCUUCUAUACCCAAUUUGCUUAGAGUUUUCAUCAUGAAAGAGUGUUGAAUUUUAUCAAAUGCUUUCUCUGCAUCUAUUGAGAUAAUCAUAUGGUUUUUCUUCUGCAGUCUGUUAAUGUGGUAUAUCACAUUGAUUGAUUUGUGAAUGUUUAACCAUCCCUGCAUACCAGGGAUAAAUCCCUCUUGGUCUGGGUGGAUGAUUUUUCUGAUGUGUUGUUGUAUCCUAUUGGCGAGAAUUUUAUUGAGGAUUUUUGCAUCUGUGUUCAUCAUGGAUAUUGGUCUGUAAUUUUCUUUCAGUGCUGCAUCUUUCUCUGGCUUAGGGAUUAAGGUGAUGCUGGCUUCAUAGAAAGAAUUUGGGAGGACUCCGUCUUUUUUGAUUGUUCUGAAUAGUUUGAGAAGAAUUGGAGUCAGUUCUUCUUUAAAUGUCUGGUAGAAUUCAGCAGUGAAUCCAUCUGUUCCUGGGCUUUUCUUUGUUGGGAGGGCCUUUAUUACUGUUUCAAUUUCUGUUUCAGUUAUGCGUCUAUUUAGGUUUUCCAUGUCUUCCUGGUUCAAGUUAGGUAGAUUGCAUGUGUCCAGGAAUCUAUCCAUUUCUGAUAGAUUUUCCUGUUUGCUGGCAUACAACUCUUUGUAGUAAUUUCUGAUGAUUCUUUUAAUUUCUGUGGUGUCUGUUGUUACGUUUCCUUUUUCAUCUCUGAUUUUAUUGAUUUGGGUCUUUUCUCUUCUUUUUUUAGUUAGUUGGCCAAUGGGGUGUCAAUUUUAUUUAUUUUUUCAAAAAACCAGCUCUUCACUUGGCUGAUUUCUUGUAAUGUGUUUUUUUUUUUUUUUGUUUUUGUUUUUUUGUUUUUUUGGAUUCAAGCCUGUUAAUUUCUUCUCUGGUUUUAAUUAUUUCUAUUCUCCUACUAGAUUUGGGUCUGGUUUGCUGCAGUUUUUCUAGGUCCUUGAGAUGCGCUGAAGGCUCAUUUAUUUGGUACCUUUCCAAUUUCUUAAUAUAGGCACCUAUUGCUAUAAACUUGCCUCUCAGUACUGCUUUUGCCAUAUUCCAUAAGUUUUGAUAUGUUGUGUUGUUAUCCUCAUUUACUUCCAGAAAGUUUUUGAUUUCUCUUUUGAGUUCUUCUAUGACCCAUUGUUCAUUCAGGAGCAUGUUGUUCAGUCUCUAUGUUUUUGCAUACUCUCUAGGGUUUCCUGAGUUGCUAAUUUCCAACUUCAUUCCACUGUGGUCUGUCAAUGUGCAUGGUAUGAUUCUAAUUCUUUUAUAUUUGCUGAGACUUGCUUUAUGGCCUAAUAUGUGAUCAAUCCUAGAGAAGGUUCCAAGCACUGCUGAGAAGAAUGUAAAGUCUUUAGAUGUAGGAUUGAAAGUUCUGUAGAUAUCUGUUAGAUCCAUUUGGGCAAUAGUGUCGAUUAAAUCUGCUGUUUCCUUGUUGAUCUUCUGUCUUGUUGAUCUGUCUAUUUCUGAGAGUGGAGUAUUGAAGUCCCCCAGUACUUUUGUAUUGGAAUCUAAGUCUCCCUUUAAGUCCCUUAACAUAUCUUUUAGAUAGACUGGUGCCCUGUAAUUAGGUGCAUAUACAGUUAUAAUAAUUACCUCUUCCUGUUGAAUUGAGCCCUUAAUCAUUAUAUAGUGCCCCUCUUUUUCUCUCUUAACAGUUUUUGUAUUAAAGUUUGUCUGAUAUUAAUUUGGCUACACCUGAUUUUUUGGUUUUUGUUGGCAUGGAAUAUCUUUUUCCAGCCUUUCACUUUCAGUCUGCAUGCAUCUUUGUUAGAGAGAUGUGUUUCUUGUAGGCAGCAAAUAGUUGGGUUUUGUUCCUUAAUCCAUUCAGCCAUUCUGUACCUUUUGACUGGAGAGUUAAGUCCAUUAACGUUUAAUGUGACUAUUGAUACAUGAUGACUUUGCCCUGCCAUUUUCCCAAAGAUAUUUUCUAGUAUAUGCUUUGAGCUUCCUAUGCUCUUUUACUGGAAGGUUUUCUUCCUUUACCUUCUUUCAUAUUGAUGGCCAUGUUUCUGUGUUUCUGAGUGUAGCACAUCUUUAAGUAUCUUUUGCAGGGCUGGACGAGUGGCAACAAAUUCUUUCAAUUUCUGUUUGCUAUGAAAGGUCUUAAUUUCACCUUCAUUCACAAAUGAGAGCUUUGCAGGAUAUAAUAUUCUGGGCUGGCAAUUUUUCUCUCUUAGCACCUGGGCUAUGUCUCGCCAUUCCCUCCUAGCCUGUAGUGUUUCUGAUGAGAAAUCUGCUGUGAGUCUAAUUGGAGAUCCUCUGAGAGUAAUCUGACAUUUCUCUCUUGCAGAUUUUAGGAUCUUUUCUGUAUGUUUCACUGUGGUGAGUUUAAUUACAAUGUGUCGUGGUGAGGAUCUCUUUUGGUCAUGUUUAUUGGGGGUUCUACGAGCUUCCUGUACUCGGAUGUCUCUGUCCUUCUCCAAACCUGGGAAGUUCUCUGCAAGUAUCUCACUAAAAAGGCCUUCUAAUCCUUUCUCUCUCUCCAUGCCUUCAGGAACUCCUAGAACUCGAAUGUUGGUUUUUUUAAUAGUAUCCUGUAGAUUCCCAACAAUAUUUUUUAGAUUUCUAAUUUCCUCUUCUUUUCUUUGGUUUGACUGUAUGUUUUCCUGUGCUCUGUCUUCUAAGUCUGAUAUUCUCUCUUCUGUUUCACUGACUCUGUUUUUUAGACUCUCUAAUGUGUUGGCAUUUGAUCUAUUGAGUUCUUCAUUUCAUUUUGAUUUCUCUUCAUUAUCACAUUUUCCUGUUCUACUAGUUUCUGCAUUUCAUUUUGAUUCUUCCUUAAAAUUUCAUUUCCAUGAGAGAGAUUUUCUAUCCUGUCCAAUAAGGAUUUUUGUAGUUCAAGAAUUUGCUUUUGAAAACUUCUAAAUGUUCUUAUCAUAAAUUUUUUGAAAUCCGUAUCUUACAUUUCUUCUAUGUCAUCAUCUUCAUAAUCUUGGCUUGGGGUGUUUUGUUUAUUUGGAGGCGUCAUAGUGUCAUCGUUGAUCUUGUUCCCUCGUUUUUUUUUGUUUGUUGCUUGGCAUUGUGAAUUCUUCUUCCCUCACUGUGAGUUUUUUUUUUAAUUUUUUUUUUAUUUUAUACUAUGUCUGUGUUAAGUGGAUUGUCUGCUGUUGGAGGAGCCUUGGAGGCUUGAGAUUGGUGUGGCCAGAGAGUUCUGCUUCGUUCUUCAUGGUUAAGGGUGUGCCAACGGUGACAGACACCCUCAGGUUCGGCAUGGUAAAUCUCUCUCUCUCUCUCUCUCUUUAUUUAUUUAUUCAAGAGGGAAGUAAUACUGCACAGCUGAGCAGAAUUGAUGGUAUUUAGCUUCCGAUCUCUGGCUUCUAUGUGUAUAUCAUUUGUCUGCUUUUUCCAACAGACCACCCAAAGAAUCUGUGCAUGCUCAGUUUCUCCUGCGGUCUCCCACCGGGUUGCCUAGGUUACUGAAUUGUAGCAUCCCUGGAGAGUACUCAUGUGACCUCCAUGAGUUCUUUCACCCACUGUCUCUUUUUUCCCCUGCCUCAGUUCAUUAGCUCUACCCUUUUGUUAUGUAUAUCCAGAAUGGUGUCUGUUCUUUGUCUCUUGCUGGCCUUUGCAAGGCAAGAGAAACUCGCCCAUACCAGUACCCCCCACUUUUUUUUUCUUCUCUCCUGUAGUCAGUCUGGUGAACUUUCAUGCCUUAAGCCCGCUUCCCUCUAGACUCUGUCUGCCAUUUCCUUGCCAAUGUCUCGGGUUACUGAGCUCACCUCCCCUUCCAGCGCCGAUGUGUGGACUCAGAGCCGUGGGCAUCCCUGCUUUCCCCGCUGGUCGUCUGUGUUACAUCCACUAGAUCCGGAAGGGUUUCCUCUGCAUUUUUUUCCCCCGAGCCUUUCCCUGUGAUUACUGUAAUUCCUCUUUUAUCAACCUAUCUUUUCCUGGACUAUCAGUGCUCGUCCUCACUAUUCCGCCAUCUUCAGCCCUCACAAUCUUUCACAAGUGCCUUUUCUGUGUAAAUGAGCUUUAGUUCUUCCAGUUUUUCUGUGGCACAGGUGCAGUAGUUAUGGUAGCGCUGAAAGGAUUAAGGAAGGUACAUUAUAUAUACACAUUCUUCAGUGCUGCCUUCUCCAACCAGAAUGGGAGCAAAUGCAAAAAUGGCUGUGUGUCCUCAUGUCUUUGUUAGUAAUAAUUACAGCUCUUUCUGAUUAUUUCUAAGUACUGUGCUUUUUUUUUUUUGACAGACAGAGUGGACAGUGAGAGAGAGAGAGAGAGGUCUACCUUUUCCAUUGGUUCACCCCCCAAUGGCUCCUACAGCCGGCAUGCUGCGGCUGGUGCACUGCGCUGAUCUGAAGCCAGGAGCCAGGUGCUUCUCCUGGUCUCCCAUGCAGGUGCAGGGCCCAAGGACUUGGGCCAUCCUCCAUUGCACUCCCUGGCCACAGCAGAGAGCUGGCCUGGAAGAGGAGCAACCGGGACAGAAUCUGGUGCCCCAACCAGGACUAGAACCCGGUGUGCUGGUGCCACAGGUGGAGGAUUAGCCUGUUGAGCCGCAGCGCCGGCCAACUGUGCUUUUCAUAUAUUGUCUCACAUACUAUUUUUGAUGGCGCUAUGAGAAGGCUCUCUAGUUUUAGAUGACAAAAUAAUGUUUAAGAAAUUUACUGUUUUAGCUAGAUAUCACUGAAAAUUAAGCUUACGUUCUAGGUCUUUAAUGGGGAGGGGAGGUGGUAGUCCCAGAACAGUGAGAGUAAGGGAAAAGCAGAAAGGAGAAAGGGAAGGAAGGACCCCAACUGCAAUGUGGUGAGUUACCUUGGUUGCCACAGUCAGUGGGACAGGCAUUUGACAAAGCAGUUAAGAGGCACUGGGAUGCCUGCUUUUCCUUAUCAUAGCACCUGGGUUAGUGUUCCAGCUGUACUUCCAAUCCCAGCUUCUUGCUACCAUGCACCCUUCGAGGCAGCAGGUGAUAAGUCAAGUACUUAGGUUCCUGCCACCCACAGGGAAAAUUCACAUUGAGUUCCAGACUACUGGUUUUGGCCUAGCCCAGAUGUUAUGGACAUCUGGAGAGUGAGCCAGUGGAUGACAGCUCUCUUUCUCUAAUAAAAAUGAAUUAAUACAUAAGAGUAAGAAAAGAAACGAGUUACUUAUCAUGUGGUGUCUGGGGACAAAUCUUAUGGAACCUCUGUGCAUUGGAAGAGUCCAUUGUGUGUAGGAAUAGAGAGGAGCUCAUUUCUCAUCUCUUAUUGAUCAAAGUUUGCCCAUAUGUCUUACUUAAGCUCCUGAUACCUAUGGAUUGCAUUAUCCAAACUCCAUGGGAGUGUUACAGAAGCCAGAAUCUUUUUAACGCAGAUGACAGAGGUCUGGUGUAGAAGCCACAAUGGCAACUUGUCACAGCUGCCACGAGGGAACCCACACUGGAGGUCAGUUCUCACUCCAGGAAUAGAAACAGCUCAAGUGCUGGGAAAUGGGGCUCUCUGCUGACCACAUUGCCAAAGGCUGGGAGGUAGGUGGAAAAGGUCGGAGUGGGAAAGGGUAUCCUUGAAGACAUUUAAUCCAUGUUUUACCUGUCAUUGCAUGGCACGCUCUCUCUCUCGCUCUCUCUCUCUCUCUCUGUGUGUGUGUGUGUGUCUAUGCCUGUAUCUGUUUUCUUUUUAAUCAGUUAUUUAAUUAGAUUCCUUGUAAUAAAUUUAGAAAACACCAAUUUGUGAGGAUAAAUUGCAUUUGUUAGAGCAAAAACAGAUCAUAGGUAGAGCUGGAGCUGAGAAAUAGCCUUGAUUUUGGUAAAAUCUGCAAAUUGACAGCUUUCUGAUCAACCUUGCGCUGCUUUCUAAUCUCAUAUUUCUCUUUCCCUGUGUUGAAGAUCUCACAGUCCUGGUGUCUGGGCUCUUUAGCUUCUUCUCGAAAUAAAUAUCAGAGAAACAUUGCUCCUAUCAAUUUUCAUGGAGGAGAUGAUGACAAAUUUCUCAUGUGUUCUACACAGAGGAAUCUGAUUGAGAGAAAGAGGUUCAGUCACAGCUGGGACUCAAAGUGGUGCCCACAUGUGAUGUUGGCAUUGCAUGCGGCUGCUUAUCCUGUUAUGUCACAAUGCUGGCCCUGGGCCUUAGGAUUUCAACAUAUCUUUACAGGCGACCUAAUUUAACACACAAUAGCAUCUAAUGAUUAGGGAAAACCUCAGAUAGGAUUUGCAAAGAAGAGGAGAUAAUUUAGUUUUGAAUAUGCUGAAUUUGAGUUGCCUUUAAGAAAGUAAGGCUAUCACAUUCAGUAAGCAACCAAAAUGUGUUUCUAGAGCCUCUGGAGAGAAUUCCUAGCUGGUGAGGAGACACAGGGUCAUAAACAUCUGUGUAGAACUUGCUGUGAAAUGGAAAAAUGCUGAAGAAGACCUCAGGGAGCCAUAUCAUUUAAAUGGCAGCCAGAGGAAGAGAGAGAAAGAGAGAGAGAGAGAGAGAGAGAGAGAGAGAGAAAAUUUGAAGAGACUUAUAGGAAAUAGGCAUACAAAAUGUAAAAGGAAUGAAAGAGGCUGGUAUUGUGCGGCAACAGGUUAAGCUGCCACUUUAACACUGGCAUCCUAGGAUUGGAAUGCUGGUUGUCUCUGCUGCUCUGCUUCUGAUCCAGCUUCCUGAUAAUGAGCCUUGGAAGGCAGCGGAUGAUGACCCAAGUGCUUGGACCCCUGUCGCUCCCCGUCUUCAUGGGGGAACGACACUAAACCCUGCCUAGGCUUCAUAUCCGAGUCACGGCACCAUUAUGUCACUCCCCCUCUUCGUGGAGGAGCAACACAGGACCCUGCGCUGUUCUUUUGUCUGCUCGGCCCUCCCCGGGUUUGCUGCUGGUUCUUCCCGGGUUGGCUACUAUCCCUUCCACCUCCGUGGAAGGGCAGUUCCCCCUGGCCACAUUCCCCACUUCCGCAGGGGAGCGGCACACCGCCGGCCGGCUUUCUCGGGGGCUGCACAGGUGUUCCCCUUAGAUGUUCCCCUUAGAUGUUCCUCUUAGAUGUUCCUGGUGCAUGCCGUCUCUCUCCUCCUUUAUAGUCCUCUUCCACCAAUCCCAACUCGGCUGCCCACACGCCGAGUACGCUGCUCUCCUCCAAUCAGGAGCAAGUCCUACAGUUUAUUAGCUGAACUGGAGGCAGCUGUGUAGAAGCUGUUUUCUUCUCUCCCAGCGCCAUAUUGUGGGGGAGCAGAUGCAUAGAAUAAGUCUUAAUUCCAGUAACUUAGUCCAGUCCGGAUUGCUCCCCACAGACCCCUGCCACCCAAAUGGAGUUCUGGGUUCCUGGUUUUGGCCUGACCCAGCCCUGGUCAUUGUGGUCAUUUGAGGAGUAAACCAACAAAUGGAGGAUUGCUGUGUCUCUCUCUCUCUAUCAUUCUGCCUUUCAAAAAUAAAUAAUCUUAAAAAAAAGACUAAGCACUGCUCUACUUUGGGAGCCCUUCCCCCCAGGGGGCCACUUGUCCAUGCCCUCUUGUUCUUUGCAUAUAAAGAAGCUUCAAGAGAAAAUAAAGUCAUACAGAUGAGAUAUGAGAAAGUUUCCAAGGAGGAAUACAAUGCUUUUCUGAAGUCAACAAUGUCCAGUACUGUAGAGCCACCAAGUAUUGAGAACAAUUGUUUUUGCAAGAUUCUACCUAAAGGACUGAAGAAUAUCUCUUGGACUUGCAGGUGGGGAGUGAUUACUCACAGUGAGUCCAGGGGAGUGGUAAGGGUUGAUGCAAUACUGGAUGGCUUGAUGAGCAAUGGUAGUCAGAAUUGCACAGUAGCCAGGAGAGAAAACCGGCUGAGAGGGAAUGUGAAUGGACACAUGGUGGUUAGAGACCUAGGAAGUUUGUCUUCAGACAGGAAGGAGCCACAGAGGGAGAGAGAAGGUGAAGGUGUGAGAGGAGCAAGCCAGGACUCAUGACACAGUCCCCUACCUCAAAGCAAGCUGCUUUGUUUUGGUUUCUUCUAUAUGAUAAGCCUCUGCACAUUAUUUCAUGUGGACAGUGUUACCGGAGAAGCAAAGGGUCCUUGUCUUCGCACAAGAAAGAAUUCAGGCGUGAGACAGAGAGCAGUGGAAAGCAACAUAGCAAGGUUUAUUAGGGUAGGGACAUCCGUAAGAAUGGAUGGGCACCUCUCCAGACAGAACCUGAGAGAGAGAGUGUAGUUCACAUUUAGGCUGGGGCUUUUAAGGGGAUGGGUCUUGCCUUCCCACCUUUUCUCUCCCCCUCUCCUUCUUCUCCUCCUGAACAAAAGACUUAUUCAGUGUAAAUAUGAAAAAUUCCUUUCUGAGUUUUUCCCCUGAAGUUAUCAGACAGGGGAAGCCUGGCUGGCGUUGCCCUGCCUUAGAGGAAGGAUGUUUAUCAGGCCAGGUAGAAGGGGCAGGACCCCCUGGAAGGUCAUCAGGAUCCAGGGAGGACUUUGAAGUGCAGAUACCAUGCUCUGCCUGGAAGGUUAUCGGGUAGAAGGGGCAGGGCCCCCUGGAAGGUCAUCAGGAUCCGGGCAGGACUUUGAAGUGCAGAUACCAUGCUGUGCCUGGAAGGUUAUCGGGUAGAAGGGUCAGGACCCCCUGGAAGGUCAUCAGGAUCUGGGCAGGACUUUGAAGUGCAGAUACUGGGCUUCUGGAGCUUCCGCCAUGGGUGCUGGUCUUCAGGCCUUUCUCAUAUACACAUAAGCUCAAUUUCUGACUUCCUACCUAAGAGACAGAGUUCUAGAAAAUCGUUGGGAACUGUUGAAUUAGAUGUUCUAGCUAUUGAAAAAAAGUCUAUGAAUCAUUAAAUAUAUCUCUACAGAGAGUAAUUUAUACUCAUUGUUUGAAAGAACACAUUCAGGUAAUCCUGUAAUAUUUAGGUUUGUGUUUUCCAAAGGACCUUCAUGGAAAGGAACAACUGUUAAAGCUAUAAUUAUUUGCAUUUCAGUUCCUGACCUGAUGUAAUAAUUUUUUUUUAAAAUUUUAUUUGACAGGUAGAGUUACAGACAGUGUGUGAGAGAGAGAGAGACAGAGAGAAAGGUCUUCCUUUUGUUGGUUCACUCUCCAAAUGGCCACCAUGGCCGGCGCUGCGCCGAUCCAAAGCCAGAAGCCAGGUGCUUCUUCCUGGUCUCCCAUGCAGGUGCAGGGGCCCAACCACUUGGGCCAUCUCCACUGACCUCCCGGGCCACAGCAGAGAGCUGGACUGGAAGAGGAGCAGCCGGGACUAGAACCGGCGCCCAUAUGGGAUGCCAGCGCCACAGGUGGAGGAUUAGCCAAGUGAGCCACGGCGCCGGUCCUAGAUGUAAUAAUUUUAAUAUAUAUAUUUCAGCUUUUAAAUUUUGGCUUGCUUUUUUUAAAGAUUUAUUUAUUUAUUUGAAAGUCAGAGUUACACAGAGAGAGGAGAGGCAGAGAGAGAGAGAGAGAGAGAGAGAGAGAGGUCUUCCAUCCGCUGGUUCACUCCCCAAUUGGCUGCAAUGACCGGAGCUGUGCUGAUCUGAAACCAGGAGCCAGGAGCUCCUUCCAGGUCUCCCAUAUAGGUGCAGGGACCCAAGGAGUUGGGCCAUGUUCUACAGCUUUCCCAGGCCAUAGCAGAGAGCUGGAUUGGAAGAGGAGCAGCUGGGACUAGAACUGGUACCCAUAUAGGAUGCCAGCACUUCAGGCCAGGGUGUUAAUCCACCACAGCACCAGCCCUGUCUUGCAUUUUUUUUUUUUUUGACAGGCAGAGUGGACAGUGAGAGAGAGAGAGACAGAGAGAAAGGUCUUCCUUUGCCGUUGGUUCACCCUCCAAUGGCUGCCGCGGCCGGCGCGCUGCGGCCGGCGCACCGCGCUGAUCCGAUGGCAGGAGCCAGGAGCCAGGUGCUUUUCCUGGUCUCCCAUGGGGUGCAGGGCCCAAGCACCUGGGCCAUCCUCCACUGCACUCCCUGGCCACAGCAGAGGGCUGGCCUGGAAGAGGGGCAACCGGGACAGAAUCCGGCGCCCCGACCGGGACUAGAACCCGGUGUGCCGGCGCCGCUAGGCGGAGGAUUAGCCUAGUGAGCCACGGCGCCGGCCCCUGUCUUGCAUUUUUAAAGAGUUAUCUUUAUUUCUUUGAAAGGUAGAGUUACAGAGUGGUAGAGGGAGAGGUAGAGAGGAAGAAGUAGAGAGGAAGAGGUAGAGAGGGAGAGGCAGAGGAAGAGGGAGAGAGGGUGAGUCAGAGGGAGCAGAAGAGGGAGAGAGGGAGAGGGAGAUGGAGAGAGAGAGAGGUCUUCCCAUCCUCUGAUUCACUCCCCAAAUGCUGCAAGGGCCAGAGCUGGACCAAUCUGAAGCCAGGAGCCAGGAGAUUCUUUGGGGUCUCCCACACAAGUAUAGGGGCCCAAGGACUUAGGCCACCCUCUACUGCUUUCCCACACCAUAGCAGAGAGCUGGUUUGGAAAAGGAGCAGCUGAAACUUGAACCAGUGCCCAUAUGGGGUGCCGGCACUGCAGGUGGAGGCUUUACCUGCUAGGCCACAGUGUUGGCCCCUGGCUUGCAUUUUAAAAAAGUAAGUACCUGUGAACACUUUUUACACAAAUAGGAGAUUUUAAUAAUAGUUCAAUUUCUAAAGCAUACACAUUUUUUUCAACUUUUAUUUAAUGAAUAUAAAUUUCCAAAGUACAGCUUAUGGAUUACAAUGGCUUCCCCCCCAAAACGUCCCUCCCACCCGCAACCCUCCCCUUUCCCACUCCCUCUCCCCUUCCAUUCACAUCAAGAUUCAUUUUCGAUUCUCUUUAUAUACAGAAGAUCAGUUUAGCAUACAUUAAGUAAAGAUUUCAACAGUUUGCUCCCACACAGAAACAUAAAGUGAAAAAUAAUCGAUGAUUUUUUAAAUGAUGAUGAAAUCAGAUCAGACCUAUUGUCAUGUUUAAUCCCAGUGAGAGUCACGUUGGGAAUUGAUAAUUUCUUUCUUUCUUUCUUUCUUUCUUUUUUUUUUUUUACAGAAGAUCAGUUUAGUAUACAUUAAAUAAAGAUUUCAACAGUUUGCACCCACAUAGAAACACAAAGUGAAAUAUACUGUUUGAGUACUUGUUAUAGCAUUAAAUCUCAAUGUACAGCACAUUCAGGACAGAGAUCCUACAUGAGGAGUAAGUGCACAGUGACUCCUGUUGUUGACUUUACAAAUUGACACUCCUAUUUAUGGCAUCAGUAAUCUCCCUAUGCUCCAGUCAUGAGUUUCCAAGGCUAUGGAAGCCUUUGGAGUUCUCCGACUCUUAUCUUGUUUAGACAAGGUCAUAGUCAAAGUGGAGAUUCUCUCCUCCCUUCAGAGAAAGGUACCUCCUUCUUUGAAGACCUGUUCUUUCCACUGGGAUCUCACUCGCAGAGAUCUUUC